UGCGAUGGUUGCAAUGGCAUGACCUCAUGAAAGAAAUGAUUGUCUACUCCUUGGAACACUUGUUUAUUUCGAGUGAGAAUUAUCUAAUCAAGGUACCCUCCACUUCAAAGUGGUAUAAAUGCGCAACCCGAGCUUUCAUCAUCACUUUUCAGCAGCAGCAUGUUCAGAAUAGUACUGGUUGCCCUGUUCGCCGCUCUUGCCGUUGAGGCAAGUCCAAGACUUCGUUCCCAAGUUCCCCAGCUAGAUGGAAGAAUUGUGGGCGGUGUCGAUACGACCAUUGAAGAUUAUCCUCACCAAGUUUCGCUCCUGGAUUACAUCGGUCAUGUCUGCGGUGGAUCGAUUAUUGCGCGCAACCUAAUUUUAACUGCUGCUCACUGCACUUACGGCAUGUCUGCACAAGACCUAAAGGUCCGCUACGGAAGCAGUGUAAUGGAUCAAGGAGGCACCGUUGUUUCCGUUGUUCAGAUCAACCAGCAUCCUAGGUACAAUCCCGUCAUGCUCGACUGCGAUGUGUCCGUCUUGAAAUUAGCAGAAGACGUAGUCCUUUCGUCCACUGCUCAAAUCAUCGAGAUGGUUCCUUCCAAUACUCAAGAAGGUGGCCGUAACGCUUUCGUAUCAGGCUGGGGAGCUCUUUACACCGGUGGACCCGCGCCGACCCAACUCCAAGUUGUUGAAGUCGCAGAAGAAGACCGACACGUCUGCAGCUGGGCUUACGGCGGAAAAAUCACCGACAGGAUGAUCUGUUUCAAGAAUCCUGGCAAGGAUGCCUGCCAGGGAGAUUCUGGUGGUCCUCUCAUCUCUGGUGGCGCUCAAGUUGGCGUCGUCUCUUGGGGAUAUGCAUGUGCAGAUGCCAGGUACCCGGGAGUGUAUUCGCACUUGAAUGAGGCUUACAUUAGGGCUCAUAUUGUAAGUGUGAUGGACCAAUUCAGCAGCAACAUGUUCAAAAUAGUACUGGUUGCCGUAUUCGCCGCUCUUGCCGUUGAGGCAAGUCCGAGGCUCCGUCCUCAAGUUCCCCAGCUAGAUGGAAGAAUCGUGGGCGGCGUCGAUACGACCAUUGAAGAUUAUCCUCACCAAAUCUCGCUCAUGUAUUUCGGGAAUCACAUCUGCGGUGGAUCGAUUAUUGCCCGCAACCUAAUUUUAACUGCUGCGCAUUGCAAUUACGGCCAGUCCGCUGAAUCCCUAGAGGUUCGGUACGGAAGCAGCGUAAGGGAUCAAGGAGGCAUCGUUGUUGCCGUUGAUCACUUCCAUGACCAUCCCGAUUACAAUCCGGGCAGCAAUGAUUACGAUGUUUCGGUUUUGAAAUUAGCACAAGACGUAGUGUUUUCGUCCAAGGCUCAAAUCAUCGAGAUUCCCCCUUAUAAUGCCCAAGAAGGUGGGCGUAUCGCUUUCGUAUCAGGCUGGGGCGCCCUUCACUCCAUUGGACCCUCACCCAACCAACUCCAAGUUGUUGAAGUCGCAGAAGAAGACAGAGAUACCUGCAAUAAGACUUACAACGGAAAAAUCACCGACAGGAUGAUCUGUUUCAGAAAUCCCGGCAAGGAUACCUGUCAGGGAGAUUCUGGUGGUCCUCUCGUUUCUGGUGGCGUUCAAAUUGGCGUCGUGUCUUGGGGAUAUGGAUGUGCACAUGUCAUAUACCCUGGAGUGUAUUCGGGCUUAACUAAUGUGGCCCUUAGCGAUCAUAUUUUAGGUAUAAUGGGCAAAUAUUAUUACCCGGAAUCGUCAUGAAAUUCUUAAUUUUCAUCCCUACUUUAGGUUAAGAAAUGUUAGUUUCCAAGACAGUGACAGUAACACUUUACCUGACUACUUUUCAAUUUUCAUAUAGAACUUUGUCAGUGAUUACAGAUGUCAUAGACAUUACAAAUGUGUAAAGACCAGACUACUCCUGCCGCUUUGCAUGUCACAUUUGUAGUGUCUAAUGACUUCUGUCAUUACUGGCACAUAAUAUAUUAAUCAGAAGUUCUAUAGUAUGAAAAUUGCAAUUUUAUACUAAAAAGACCAUUUCGGGAACAAUUUAAUACAAAACUGGUCAGUAAAAUGGCACUACUUAACUCGAAAACUAAAGUACUCGAUCU